AUGUCUGUUGGCCGAAAGGUGUUCCACUGUGUGGUUGAUGAAACCUGUCUUACCACAAACCUCGGAGAGAUCAAGAAGUGGACUUCGCAGGAUGCUAUUGGCCUCAUCGUGCCGUUAUACACCCUUGAGCGUCUCCAUAUAAUAAAGAAAGGUGGCUCCCAAAGUAGUAUCAACGCGUGCGAGGCCGUCCGCUUCCUCGAUCGUGUUACGUCCGGGAAACAUAACAUUUCAGCUGAGAAAGUAACCCUUCAAGGGCCUAUGGAGCAGUUUUCAACUUGGGGAGAGGCCGAGAAAUACAUUCUUCCGGAGUUCAAAGAAGAAGUUCCUGCUACUCCCGCCCAUGGCACUGUCGAAUCUACCCUCAAGGAAGAGAAGUCUACGGCUGGAGAUGCCCAGCCUAAAACUCCUAGUACCCGCGAAAUCAACGACAUAUCGCAGAUGCUUUUGAGCAAGUUGAACUUCAAAAAAGAGAAAGAACCGAGUUCUACUUCUGCCGCUUCCGCAGGGACUUCUAGCGGUCCUGCAUCACCUACGUCCGGUGGUUCUCGUGCAAGCCCUGAGUGCUCAUCCCGUCAGCUGGAAAAUAACGCAUCUUCAGGUGAAGCAGCCACUAAUAAUGACGAGGACCCUGGUGCUAGUGUGAAAUACGUCGCUCCGGCCGUCCCCAACGUCUUGAAGCCGCUGUUGAACGCUGUCCUAUGGCGGUUACAUGCUCUCCCCGCUAUAUCUACACCCCAAUCUAGUUGCAUUCUCGUUACAAAUGACAGAGAGACUCAAAUUUGGGCCCAGAAGUUCGGUAUCAUUGUGAAGAAUAUUGCCCAACUUCGCACAUCCAUCAUCUACGAGGAAAAAGAAUUCAAAAAUCACUGCAAAUAUUUGGAAAAGAACCAGAACCAGAACCAGAUUCAAACUCCGGCUGAGCCAAAACCCUUAUUAUCCUACGAGGAUGAAAGCGAUGAGGACGUCUUAGUUUUUGUGCCACGAAAGCAAGGCAAAGUUGGCCCCCAGACACCAGCGCGGACUCCUGUUAAGAAUACGCCAGGACGCGGUAAUAAAACUGUUGGCAACAAUCCUGUCGGUACUGGAAGACCUCGAGCUUCUUCAACUGCUGCUGAAACUCCACUUGAGAUUCCCUCAGCUCCAAUUGAUCCAGACUCGUUUAGCCGCAGCAUCGGAAUGACCAAGCAAAACGUUUCUCCCAAUGGUAACCCCUCUCCAACACCUGCAAACCGUGGCACAUCUAACGCGAACCCCCGACCAAAUGGAAAUCGCCGUGGUGGAGCUCGAGGUGGAGGUUUUAGGGGAGCUGCUCGUGGGCGUGGAAAGCUCUGGGUUCCGUGA